AUGCCACCAAGAAGAGCAGCUUCUUCACAAAACAGUCAGGCUAAUGAUGAUGUACCUCCAGUUGAGGGUUUGCCUCCUGUGAGUGCAGAAGGAAUCUAUAGGUAUCUUGGGACACUAGCUGGUUUAGUUGAACGCCAAGCUCGAGCUACUGGGACUACUGUUCAGGGACAGUCUUCAUCUUCUAGGGGUAGCUCUUUUGAUGACUUCAAGAAAUUGGGUCCUCCUUACUUUUCUGGUGCUACAGAUCCCACAGAGGCAGAGGCUUGGAUCCUUAAGAUGGAGAAAUUCUUUGGUGUGAUAGAUUGCUCUGAGGAGCAAAAAGCCUCUUAUGCAGCUUUUAUGUUAGAUAAAGAGGCAGAUCAUUGGUGGCGUAUGACUAGGAGACUUUUGGAGGAUCAGGGACCCAUAACAUGGAGACAAUUUCGGGAGGCUUUCUACAAGAAGUAUUUCCCUGACAGUGUUAGGCGGCAGAAGGUGGGAGAGUUUAUUCGUUUGGAACAGGGGGAUAUGACUGUGGCUCAGUAUGAGGCCAAAUUUACAGAGUUAUCACGUUUUUCCCCACAGUUGAUUGCUACAGAGGAGGAAAAGGCAUUAAAGUUUCAGGAUGGAUUGAAGCCUUAUUUGAAGAACAAGAUAUCUAUUCUGAAGCUUGGUGUCUAUUCAGAGGUUGUUGAUAGAGCCCUUAUAGCAGAGAAAGAUAAUGAGGAGCUUCAUCAGUAUAGGGAACAGCAAAGGAAGCGAAAUAGAAGUGAUGGUGCUCAUGGUAAUCAAGCACAGCGAAGGGCUACAUCAGGAAGAAAUCAGAAUAAAGGGAAGACAACGCAGAAUUUGGAUGAGAUUUGUUCUACUUGUGGUAAGAAGCAUGGGGGU